AUGGUUGUCUGCGCGGCGGCUUGUGGUAAACCCCUUGGAGCGACAGGUGUCGCUAAGUGCGGCUGCGGCAUGACAUACCACAAGGCUUGUGUUGGCAUGGGCCAGAAUGCGCGCGUCGCGAGUACUUGGGCAUGUCCGGCGUGCAAAGCGACGACCCCUCGGCGUGACAACUCCGACAAUACGCCGGUGAAGCCGAGUGGGGCCAGCGAGGACGAGACGCCGCUGGAGCAACAGCAUGAAGUCGCUGAACAGCUGCGCUUGCUACGCGCGGACUUCGGAUCCGUGCGCGACGAAGUUGUGGGCCUGCGCCAAGAGAUGGCGCGCUUCAACGAUCUCCUCGGUCGUCUCACUGGCCGACUAGAUGUCCUGGAGGAGAAGGUUAGGCGCUUGGAGGAGCGGCCCGUGGACUCCGCCAGCAGCGAGCUGGACGGCAGACUGCAGCCAGGAGUAGCGGAAGAGCUGCAGCAGACGGUGGCACGCCUUCAGCUGGAGCUAAAUGACCGCGACCAGGACGCGUUACUCUCCGACCUUGACAUUGGCCACGUUCCUGAGGCGAAGGGAGAAAACGUCGUCCACACCGUCACCGUCCUCGCCGCCAGGUUGGGUGUCGCCUUGGAGCAGCGUGACGUGGUGUUCGCCGAGCGAGUCGGGGCGGUGGGCCGGGCCGGGGAAGGGGCUGACAGUGAGGCCGAAGGCCGGCCGCGUCGCGUCGUCGUUAGGCUGGCGCGGCGACAGCUGCGGGACGAACUGCUGCAGGCCGCCCGCGUUCGGCGAAAUUUCACUUUCUCUGACGACAACCUGCCAGGGCCUCCGCGUCGCGUCUUCAUCAACGAGCGCCUCACACGCACGAACCGCCUCUUGUUCCACAAAGUUCGAGAGCUGUGCAGGGAACAUCAGUGGAGGUUCUCGUGGACAAGGCGAGGCCGAAUCUAUGCCCGUCAAGGAGAGGGAAAGUCAGCUUUCUCCAUUCGCUCUGACGCAGACCUGCAUCGUGUUUUUGGAGUCAGCUCCGUCUGAGGUCUGGGCGGGCAGCGUAGGUAGCAUAUCUUUUUGUACACUAUGGCACGGCAAUGGCAGUUUGUUUAUUUCGGCCAAUUUUAACUUCUAUACAAAGUUGUUUAUAAUCUGUAGGCUCUGGUAUCUAUGCGACACUGGUUCUGUUACUAAAAUCCGUUUUGUUAAGGUAACGUCAUCUGUCAGGUGGUCGGUCUGGUCUGAGGUAUAUCUAUAUAACUAUAAUAGUAAAUAAAACAAUUAAAAUAGGUUUGUACAAUGCAGGUUCUCUUGGCACAAAUCAUGACAAUUUCAUAGCGGCUGCUACUCGGCAGGAUGUUGAUGUGUUGGCGAUCAACGAAUCAUGGUUAAGGGCGGGCGAAGAAGGGCGGGCGCCGACACUUCCUGGAUAUAGUUUCCGGCAUAUUCCUAGGCCGCAGGGUGACCGGUCGCGCGGUGGAGGCGUAGGCUUUUAUAUUAAGCGUAAUCUCAAAGCUCGGACCUGGCCUCACCCCGUUGACCCGUUGCAUAAGCUGGUGGAGCAGAUGUGGAUCACGUUUACUCUCAACGGCAAGAAGCUGGCAAUUGGAACGGCAUACAGACCACCUUGGAUGGACCUACAACUAUUUUUAGAUGCUGUAAGUGACUCGAUAAGUUCAAUUCGCAGUUAUGAUAACAUAAUAGUAAUACUGGGUGAUUUUAAUGUAAAUCUAUUGAACAGCUCUGACACAAAAUGCACUCAAUUCCAUAAUUUUGUUACCAGUUUUGGACUAUUUCAAUUGGUGUCUCAGCCUACACAUUUUACUGACACCAGCCAAACGCUGAUCGAUAUUGUGUGUUCAGACAUGCAGGCAAAAAGCACUACCAUUGAUCAUGUGGGUUCCCUGUAUGGUCACUGCCUUGUGCUUUGCAACUUCAAUGUCAAGCGUGAGAAAUUAAAGCCUUAUCACAUUACCUACAGACCUUUUAAGGAAAUCUGUGACAAAGACUUAGAUGUGGACCUGCGGGACGUGAAGUGGGACUUAAUAUCAAAUCUUGGCAGUGUCAAUGACAUGGUAACAGCAUUCAACCAACAAGU